GUGUGUGUGUGAGCUCGGGCCGGGUCAGCGCUGUGUCUGCAUGCAGUCCGGUCUGGUCAGUGAUCUUUCUGCUGGGGGUCGGAACCCUUGGUCCGGAUGAAGAAACACAUCCUGCUUCUGUUCACAUAUCGAGGACUGAAGAAGAAAGGAAAGAAGAGCAAGAGGAGAAAAUGUUUAUUUUACGCAACGCAGAACCCGCCGACGUGCCGCACAUACUGCGACUCAUAAAGGAACUUGCAAAGUUUGAGGAAAUGGAAGAACAGGUCGUGCUGACCGAGAAAGAGCUGCUGGAGGACGGAUUCGGAGAGCACCCAUUCUACCACUGCGUGGUGGCGGAGGUACCCGAAGAUAAACAGACCAUAGAGGGUUAUAGAGUGGUCGGCUUUGCCAUGUACUACUUCACCUACGACCCCUGGAUCGGGAAGCUGCUCUACCUGGAGGAUUUCUAUGUCAUGAAGGAGUUCAGAGGUUACGGAAUCGGAUCUGAAAUCCUGAAGCGGCUCAGUGAAAUGGCGGUAAAGUGUCGUUGCAGCAGUAUGCACUUUAUUGUGGCGGAGUGGAAUAAGACGUCUAUAGAGUUUUAUAAACGUCGUGGUGCCGCUGAUCUGUCGCAUGAGGAGGGCUGGCGGCUGUUCGAGAUCGGGAAGCAGAGUUUGCUGAAAAUGUCGAAGUAAAGAUCUUCACGAGUUUCAGCCUUUUCAUCUGUUUACUGCUCACUUUUACCAUUUCUCUGGAUUCACAACCAAAUAAACACACUGUUACUCUGUACUUUCUCUAUUGUUACUCACUGUUUACUAUCUGUAGUGCAGUAAAAUAAAGAAUUAUCAAUAGUA